UAUAGAAACUGUCCAGUUCAAUAUAAGUAAACCCUGUGAGUAAAGCCAACUUCCUGAGAGGCAAUUAAGGACUGCGCAUCCUUUGAGGAGAGAGAGAAAAGAUGGAUGGAACACGGGAGACCGAGCAAGACCUUUGUGCGAAUUUGAAUCCAAGUCCGAAUACAGAAACUCCAGGAAGCAAUAAUGUCCGUCAGAGCAGAAUACACAGAUUGAAACGAGGUUUGCAGCAUUAUGCCAAACGCGGAAGAGUUUCUUUUACAGUAUUUUUGAACGUGAUAGUUAUUGUGACCCUGUCCUGUGUCAUUUUAACUAAAGCGAACUGUCCAACUCCUCCUACCAUCUCAGUGGAUGUCUGUCCAGCUGAUUGGAUUGGGUAUCAAAAGAAAUGUUAUUAUUUUGCAAAUGCUACAGGAGACUUGAAUUCUAGCAAGGCAUACUGUUUGUCCUUCAAUGCUUCCUUGGCAAUGAUUGAUUCCCAAAAAGAGAUGGAUUUCUUGAAACGCCACAAAGGUUCUCAUGACCACCGGAUUGGUCUCUUGAGGGACCAAGAUAAAGGCUCCUGGAAAUGGAUUGAUGGUACAUCUUUCGAUGGAUGGUUUGAAGUUGGAGGAGGAGGAAAAUGUGCAUAUUUGAACGACAAAGGCGUUACUGGCGCUAGCUGUAGAAGAAAUGAACCCUGGAUAUGCAGCAAAAAAAAGGACAUCCUGUGCUUUACCAAACAAGAACAUGAGAAGAGUCCUGUUGCUUCCUGCUGGAUCAGGCUGAAGGCCUGUCUAGUCCAGCGUCCUGAUUCCCACAGCGACCAGCCAGAUCCCUCUGGGAAGCCCACAAAGUGGACAUGAAAGUGAUAUUAUAUGAAUGAAGCUAUGGGGAGCUGUUAUUAGGGGUUUGGAUCAAGGUACUCUGAAGACACUUGGUUCUGAGAGACUCCGCAAUUUCAGCAGCAGUGUGGUACUUUACCCUGGGGAAGUGGGGAAGGUGCAUAGUGAUUUCAGCAGGAUGGCCCCAUGCUUCUGGGAAGAGGGGUACCUUGACUCUCAAAACCUGAAGAUUUUUAUACAAUUUAAAGAAAAGCACUGACAUCACUACUUAUAAGCACAGGAAGUGGUCUACUUGCCACAGGAGAAAGACUAAGCUGGCCUUUCAUCCCAUGUAACAAACAAAGGUGCUUUGGGAUGAUGGCUGAACUUGCCGGAAACAUUCUUUUAACAAAAGAUGAUUUACAUGUAAUGCUGUCUUAAAAGGCAGGUGUCCAGGCUGGAGUUCAACAGUAGGACCACGUUGCAGGUGGAUGACCAGGUGCAUUACCAGAUAUCACUCUUGCCAUCUAGGAUUCAUGUUCUGCUCAAUUUUAACCCCACCUUUGUCUCUGGGGAAUGCAUUUUGUUACACUGGUCAGACGACAUGCUCACAGUGGUUAAGCAUUUUGAGCUAAAUGUAAUGGCUUAGUGAGUCGUUAACCUUGACUUGGCGUGUUGUGUGAACCAUUUCUAACCAUUGUGGGUAAAUAACGACAGUUUAAACAUUAUCACUAAGCUUCGGCUAUUGGGCGGUAUAAAAAUGUAAUAAAUAAAUAAAUAAAUAAAUAAUAAAUAUUUGCUGCAAAAGGGUUAGCAGCCUAACCAUGGCUUAGUGUGUUGUCUGAACAGGCCCAAUGAGUCUGAAACCUGGCAAGAUGGAGGCUACUGGGCCAAGUUUAAAUAUGUUUUGUUACUUGUUUACAAAGCUCUACACAGCUCAGGAACAGAGAUCAACUGACUGCGCCCUUAUCUGGACAGAGAUAGCCUAGCUACAGUGAUCCAUGCUCUGAUAACCUCUCGUUUGGAUUACUGCAAUGCGUUAUACGUGGGGCUGCCUUUGAAAACGGUCCGGAAACUUCAGCUGGUACAAAACAGGGCAGC